AUGGUGGUGAACUCUCCUGACCUCAAUAUCCUGGAUUGGAAUUCUCAAAAUCUUGUUGCUAUCACCCACAGAUCCUCCAUACACAUCAUCUGGAAUGGUCAAAACCACAGCAGGAAUGAAAAUAUAGACUUAAGCCUCUUCUCUAUUUAUGCAUCGUCUGUGCCCUGGGUCAGGGAGGGAUCGUGCCUGGCUGUUGGCAUCAGCGAUGGAGAAGCGCAAGUCCUGGGACAUCUCCUCACCAUGUUCCUGUCCAGAUUGGGUGUUGUUCACCAUUAUGAUGUUUGGAUGGCCCAGCAUUAUGUUGAAACACUUCACCAAAAGGAGGCUGUGUGUGCUCUGAAAUGGUCACGCGAUGGCAGACUACUUCCCGGUGGGUGUAAGGACGGACUACUGGCAAUAUGGCUCCACGAUCCAGGGGCCAGUGUGUAGGGCCCAGCACUGAAAGUCAUACCUCAGUUUACAGCAGUUAAGGUUUGUUCUCUCAUCUGAGUGCCUAAGACAAAGUAGAUUGCAACAGGUCAAGGUGCUUCCAAGAAUGAUAUGGCCUUGUGGACCUGCUCAUGUCGCGGAGGGGGAGGGAUAUUUAAAAAAUGA